AUGGGCGCGGGUGCGGGCUGCGCCCUGCAGAACCGGGUGUUGCCCGAGACGGAGGACGUGUUUGACGACGGCUUCUGGGAGGGACUCGACCUUGUGGUGAACGCGCUGGACAACGUCAAUGCCCGGCUGUACGUCGACUCGCGCUGCGUCUACUUUGGCAAGCCGCUGCUGGAGAGCGGCACGCUGGGCCCCAAGUGCAACACCCAGGCCGUGGUGCCGCUGCUCACGGAAAACUACGGCGCCAGCCGGGACCCCCCCGAGCGGCAGGCCCCCAUGUGCACCCUCCACUCCUUCCCCCAUAACAUCCACCACUGCCUCACCUACGCGCGGUGA